GAUGUUGUUGUCCCUUGCUCUUUUUCUCUCUGGCUCUGUUCCUGUGCUACUGCGAGUGUAACUAACGCCCCUCCCCCCUCUGCCCAGCGCAAAGUACAGGCCGCGCGUGCGGCGUUUAGCGGAAAAAAGGGCGAGAGAGAGGGUGAGAGAAAGGGGGGGAAAAAAAGGCUCGCGUCGUUCACUUCAAAGAGUCGGCUCUAAGAGCCAUUUCGUUCGCGAACGACCCAUCACUAGUAGAGGUGCAGCCAAAACGCUGGGCUGAACAUCCUGUUCUUUGUUGCAAAAGGAGAUCUAUGAUGCUAAUCUUGGUGGUGUGUCUGUGUGUGUGUACAUUUAUGCAUGAGUGCUACGCAACCACAGUAGACACCACUUCCUGUUGUCCUGUUAUCUAUGAUUCUGACAUGCAGGGCAGGCUCUUAUCUGUCACUGCUGGAUUUUGUGCUUGACUAACCAAAUGACUUAGUGAACCUAAUCCUUAGUUUAUUUAAGCCUCCUGUUACCAUGCUCAACCUCUAUUCAUACACUCCUUUUUGUGGUGCAGUUACAGAAUAUUAUCAUCCAGACUUUUAUGCUCUUUUCAUCUGCACAUGAACCCCCAGAAAUGAAUGAAAAUGAGCUGGUUGUGCCCUCGAGUCAAUCGCCAGGAAGUGUGUCAGAGGUUCACCAUGAAAGCGGGAGUUCAUGCACGUGUUUGUGGGGGAGUGAUGGCAUGUCAAGGUGAAGGAGAGACUCUCGCUGAACUCUUGGAAAAAGAAAUUAGGUUGUGUCUUGCAAAUCACAUCACAGUAGGAUUGUGGCACGAAGUACAGACUCAUGUCUACACUGUUCCUCCUUUUUUUUUUUUUAAGAUCAAUCUCUCAGAUUUUUGUGGACUCCAUUACAGCAAUAUGAACUCACGAAGCGCAAAUUGUGCGUGUGUCUCCACUGAGAGCACUCAGUCAUAAUAUAUCCUCAUUCUUGCCACUGAAACCUCGAAAGCAUUCAGCGGAGAAUCCCUUCUUGCACAGCAGUGUUAUGGAACAGUGUGUUCUCACAGGGUGUACUGCUGUAUUCCCUGCCCAUGCACAGAUGCCAGCUCCAGCGGUACAGUACCUGCAGACAGAAAUUUCAGCCAGCAGCUUCAUGUUCGUUUUAAAGAGCACAGCAUGUGCUGUGCCACAGUCUGGAUCACAGCACAAUACUGUGAAGGAAAAUUUAUGGUUUUGCUUUCCAAAUCCUCCAGAUAAAAUGAUCUUAUUGUGUUUUUGCUCAUACCAUCUUGAAGUAAGCCAUUUAAGCAUUCUUGAAACAAUAAACUGGAGUGUUUCUAGUUUAAAGGGGCAAUAAAGUAAGUGCUGGCAGCACAAGCAUGUGACUUUAAAAAAGGGAGAGUUGUUGAUGUCACUUGUUUUAAAUCUUUUUUUUUUCUUUCUUGAUUUACUUCAUCUUUACAGACCAGUUUUACUUGGGCAGGAUUAGUAAAAGAUUAGACAUUUUCACAACAUCAACACGUUUGAAGGCUUGAGUUGCCUGAGUUAUGACACUAUUUUUCCAAUUGGCCACAUAUUAAAAUUUCCUGUCUAAUAGUAUGUUGGCCCAACUGCGUCCUGCUAAAAUAGCAUGGAAACAUGAUCUCUGGAGGUGCUUUUGGUGUCUGGCAAGGGACUUUGGCAGAAAUCCACUCAGUAGGUUGUGGUCUGCAUUUAAGACGCUGAUUGGUGAGCCACAGCUGAGCCCAGCAUCCUUGUGCAACACUUUCAAUUUUACUUGACAAUGCAUAAGGAGCUUCAGUUUCUUGCUUCUGAACAACUUUUUGAACAGAACAACACUGUUUAAAAACUGCUUUUUUCCAGCAGCCAUUAGUCAGAUAAACAUAUCAUAGCUUUGCUACAUGUGUCUGUGUCUCUGCUGAAAAUGUGAGUAUAGAUGACUCACUGCUGCAAAGUAAAUCUACCUAUGGGUACAAAUAAAGUAACCUGAGCCUGAACCAUUGCAAUGAGAUGAAAGAACAGCGGGUAGCUCUUCAUGUUUGAUUUGGCAGAUUUUUUUGUUGUUGAAUGUUCUUCCUGAUAACAACCCCAAAAGGAUUUGUAUCUUCACCUGGGAUCGAACCGGCUUUAGGCGAUUGUCUAAAACACUAUAUUAUGUCAUAACUAAAGCAAUUUCACUUCAUCUGUCUGAAUGUUCUGUUCACACAAGCAAGCAAAAGAUUUUUUUUUUUUUAGCAUUUACUGCUUUACAUUUUGAUUGGCAUUGCAGCUUAGCUUUAAAUUUUUCUUCUUAUUACUCCCUCAGCUCCACCAAGCCCAUUUAACACAUACAGAAGUGCUCUGUUUUUGACUGCAUGUCACAUUUUAUGUGACACAACAGCUUUAAUUGCAUACAGCAUUGCAUAUGAUCAUUAGUGUGUCUCUUAACUGCAGUGUUAAUGGGUUUGGGUGUAGUGCUGUUUUUUUCCCCUCCAGAUGAGGAAAUAAAACAAUCAGAGUUAGUCUAUAAAAUGCAAUCACCCGCAUGUAUCAGGAGAGAGCCGUUGGAGACAAAGGCCAGGGGUCGGGUGGUACUCUGAAAGCCACGCCCACUGCAACCGAGGCCCAAAAAGUAAAUAAGAUCGCUUAAUAUUAGCUGGCUCAAAAAUGUGAGCUUUUGCUAUGUUAGCAAGCACUGUUAUACGGCUAAUGUUGUUUAAAAUGCUUUAACUCGAUUGACAGACGUUCAGUAGGCUAAAACUGACCUGUUAAUAUUUAUGACCAAGAAAAAAAAUACUUCACACGCACACACACAGGCAGUGGGUUAGCCAUUUGGUUUAUUUUCAAUUUAUAACGAGAGGACGGAGUUGGAGUUGGAUCAACAACAAAGGUCUUCAAGCAACGAGGGAGUGACAUGCCUUUGAUGGAAAUUUCUGCCGAGUGAUAGCGAUCCAGCAUGUAGCAGAGUCCUGUCACACCUGGGAACAGUCUGACUGCAUAAUGGGGAAUUCAUACGCAGGGCAGCUGAAGUCUGCCCGAUUUGAGGAGGCUCUCCACAACUCGAUUGAGGCGUCCCUGCGCUCGAGCAGCGGGGAUCCACAACCCAUCUUCACACAGCUGUACUUAGAGCCUGAGACGUAUCCUGGUAACAUGGAAGUUGAUAGGAAGUCGAAAGCUGGCGUAGCACUCCAUGGCAGGGAGCACCCAGGGCACGAGCUUGUGAAUGGCAACUCUUCCAACGAUCUGGAGGAGCUGGAAGACGAAGACGACUCGGACACCAGCAGCCCUCCACUUCCCUACCUGCAAGCUCCUGCACCGGAUGGCUGCUGCACCCUGGAUGGCUUCUGUCAGGCCGGGAAAGACCUCCGCCUAGUCUCCAUAGCAACAGAGCCCAUCGAAGUCCCAGCAGGCUUCGAGCUGGUCGGUGCCAAGUCCCCCACUGUUCCUGAGCACAUCUUGGUGUGCGCCGUGGACCGGCGUUUUUUGCCUGACGAGAAUGGGAAAAAUGCACUUUUAGGUUUUUCAGGAAACUGUGUGGGCUGUGGUGAAAAGGGAUUCAGAUACUUCACCGAGUUUUCCAAUCACAUCAACCUGAAACUUUCCACACAGCCCAAAAAGCAGAAGCACUUAAAAUACUACCUGGUGAAGAAUUCUCAGGGUGCUUUGUGCAAAGGACCCCUCAUCUGCUGGAAAGACGGUAAAACGCGCCAGUUUCUCAGCAGCGCAUCAACCUCCAAACCCGGCUCGUCGUCUUCGCUUAGCAGUAAAGAAAAUGGAGGUGCCAGCGGACACAGCUCCUCUCCUUUUUCCCUUUCAGGCAUCUUAGAUUCUCCACCUACCAGAACAACGCAAGCAUCCUCUGUCUUUUUUGGGAACCAGGAAUGUAGUUUCCUCAAACCACUGGCCUCCACACCUGGAAACAAGACUCUACCAAUAGUACCCACAGCUCUUCGGGUGAAUGUGCCAACAAAUAGCCUGGCUGUUGAUGGGCGCCCUCCAUUACUCAGCCCCUCCCAGAUGUCCUUAGGGCCUCAAGGUCAGGGGUAUCGCACUGCUGAUUUAGGAGAUAGUCCCGUAUUGUCUGCUAUGAACUCUGGCCCUCCAAAGAAGCGCCACCGGAGCUGGCACCCCAGCUCGUUGGUGCCAGUCCCGCCAACAGCUGUCCCUGUGCCAGCUAUUCGGCCAAUAGUUUGUUCUCCAGGGCCGGUAUUAGGAGUAGCCUCUCCUCAACCACCUGUAAUAGGCGUCAUUCAGCCCCAGCCUGUCACGAUUGGAGAGACGGUCAUCGUGCCCGACAACCUACUCAACUCUGCAGGAGUCCGACCUGUCAUCCUCAUUGGCCAUGGCACUUUACCUUACUUCUAUGGAAAUGUUGGGGACAUAGUGGUGAGCCCCCUGCUGGUCAGCUGCUAUAAAAGCAGCCAACUGUCAGAUAAAACCCUGGAGGCUCUGGGGCUCAACAGCAGCCGGUUACUCAGCGUGGAGGCGAUGAUUCUGCUCACUCUACAGUAUUUUGCACGUUUAGGUUCAGAGCAGAUUCCUCUGAGGGAGGAGCUGGAGCAGAUAGUCUUGAAGGCCAUGCUGUGCUGUCCCGGGGGACCUGCCAUCUCCCCCCUCCAACUACCUUGGCUGGCUCGGCUGGAAGCGAGCGUCUCUGGCGGCAGCGUCCAAGUGGUGGUCACAAACAACUCUUUGGGCGAAGGCAUCUCUGAGUCGCUGCGCUCUCUGGCUGAGGGUCCUCCUCAACAGCAGUGCGUGCCAACCUAUGUGGUCAUUAUAUGCGCCUCUAAGAUGAGCGGCAGCGAGUUCUGUGUGAUUGUGUUGGGAAAGUAUCAAGCGCGGGCCUUAGCAGAAGGGAUGCUCACAACCAAUGAAUUUCUGAAAGAAAUCAGCUACGAGCUCAUCACGGGGAAAGUCAGCAUCUUGACAUCUCAUUUCAGAACCACCUCUCUGGGGGACAACCUCGACAAACAGCUGGUGCGAUACCAGCGCAGGCGGAAAGGACAGGUCAUCCAGCCCUUUCAGGGCGAUGUCACCGACAACAUCCACUCCCAGGAAGCUGCCAGCAUGUCACCACCAUCAGACUCAGAUCUUUUUACAAAGGGCUUCCAGAUCUAUCCGGCCCAGCUUAAUGUGGCUCGUAGCCUUCUUUCUCAAGUGUGCUCCAUCGCGGAUUCAGGGACACAGAACCUCGAUUUAGGGCGUUUUUGCAAGGUGGACUUCCUGGUUUUGGUCCCACCGUCUCACAUUCUGGUCCACCAGACGGCACAACGCAUCCGACAAUCAGGUGUACUUGUGGACCUGGGAAAUGAAGACCCCUCCACGGCCCACCUGAAGUCAGACAAAUAUGUGGUGCGUCUUGACGGUGAUGUUCACGCCAAGAUGGAGGCCUUCAUGAAGAAAGUCAAACAGAACCCCUACACUCUGUUUGUCCUCAUUCACGACAACUCGCACGUCGACCUCACAAGUGCCCUGUCAGGCUCUGUGUGCCACGGGGAGCUGCAGGGUUUGGCUGACCGGGUGGUGAACUGUCAAGAAGUCUUAGAUGCCAUGAACCUCUUGGUCCUGCAGGUCAGCUGUUUCCCUUACACUUUGCAGACCCGCCAGUCUCGAAUCAGCAUCCACAAUGAAGUUCACUGGCCGUCCAACGACAAUCUGCAGAGGGAGCAGUUUCCUGACGAGCUGGUCUACUUUGGCCUGAGGGACUACAGCAGAUCCCUGCAGUGGGGCAUGGCCAGUCCCAUCCUGCGCUAUGAUGAUGCGUUUGAGAAAAUGGUUCACACUCUGUUGGAAAGACAUCCCCACCUACACAGCAUGGUGAUCCGCAGCUACCUGCUGAUUCAGCAGUACACUGAGGCCAUGAUGGCUCUCACCUCUUCCCCGUCCCUGAGAGACCACAUAACUCCAGAGACCCUGGCCAUGGUGGAGGACUUGAUAAACGCUCCAAGCAGAGAGGGCUCCCAGGGCCACGGCCACAUGCUGCUGGUCCGUAUCCCCUCGCUGCAGCUGGCAAUGUUGGCCCGAGAAAGACUGGAGGACGUGAGGGACAAGCUGGGACUGCAGCUGUGCUUUGCAGUGCUGCUGGGAAGUCCUGCGUCUGAGCUCAACCUGCACAGAAAUUUUAUCAGUCGCCUCAGGGCUUGGCAAGGCUGUGAGAAUGAAGACUGGGUGCCACACACCUAUGAGGAUCUGGAAGGGCUGCCCUGCAUCGUCAUCCUCACGGGCAAAGACCCUCUUGGAGAGACUUUCCCCAAGUCUUUGAAAUACUGCGACCUGCGACUGAUAGACUCCAGCUACCUGACUCGUACAGCCCUGGAACAGGAGGUGGGUCUGGCAUGCACCUACGUAUCCAGGGUUGUUGUUCCUAAACCAAAGAAGGCUAUGGCCCCUCGGGAAUCGGAUGUGGAGAAGGUCGCCACCAGCUUGAAUGAUGGAGAUGAGCUGGAAAGACCUCAGAGCAACGGCAGCGCUGCAACCAGAACCUCUGGCUCUUUGGCGGAUAAUGGUGUCAGCUCAUCUGAUGUUGCAGACUCUUUCCAGAAACCCUCCACUUCCACCUCGCAGCCUGAAGGCAUGGUCACCAUAGACAUGGGCACAUCAACACUCGGAAUUAAGGAGGAGUGCGACUCACUGGGAACCCCGCUCUCUUCCGACCCUUCGAAAGCCUCCAAGGCUCCUCCAUCCCUCUACUCCAGUUCCUCAUCUUCCUCCCCCUCACCAUCUUCCUCCUCCACCCAGAGGCCCAGCCAGUCCACGCAGAGCGAUCGCGAGCCCACGAGGGCAUCACCGCGCACAGUCAUCUUGUCGCGAGCGGCUUACAAUCUGUUGUCGGGGGACUCUGGGAGUCAGCUGAGCUCCUCCUCGCUGCUCCCUCACGCAGACGUGGCCUGGAGCAGUCCGCUGAGGCCCAUUAUCACUCACACCCUGCAGGGGACGGAGCAGAGCAUGUACUACCGCCAGUGGACCAUCGCGCGGCAGCAUCAUGCUGAUUAUGAAGCGCCGUCUGUGCCGCAUCCUCGACGCUUGCUGCUCAGUGGACCCCCACAGGUGGGAAAAACUGGCGCCUACCUGCAGUUUCUGCGUAUCCUGUUUCGGAUGCUCAUCAGGCUGCUCGAGGUCGACGUGUAUGAUGAGGAUGAAGUGGAGGAAGAAAAUUCGGAGGUCACAACUCUAGUAAGUACCCAGUGGCCGGACAUCGAGGAAGUCCGAAAGCUGCCCUUUGACCCCAACCUCCGAGAUCCUAAAUUCAGGAAAGCCAGCCCUGUUUACUCUGACAAGAUGCUAAAGUCUUUCAAAGAUUGUAAGCAAGAUAAAGAGAACCAAACUCCAGCCACACGAGUGACCAAGUCGAUACGUCAGAGUAGGUUUGCUGCCCACAAUGCCUUUCAUCACUGUGACCAGUGCCAUCACUACUGUGAAGCAGGCGCAGCUACACAGCUGUCGGAGUGCACUUUUCAUGCUUUCACCUUCUGCUCGUCCAUGCUGGGAGAGGAGGUCCAGCUCCAGUUUGUGAUUCCCAAAUCUAAGGAGCAGCACUUUGUUUUCAGUCAUCAGGGCAGCCACCUGGAGAGCAUGCGUCUGCCUCUGGUCUCCACCAAGGACCCCGACCUUCUCAGGAGUCCAAUCUUCACCCCGACCACAGGACGCCAAGAACACGGCCUGCUGAACAUUUUCCAUGCCACGGAGGGCGCAGCUCAUCUGCACGUCCUCGUGGUCAAACAGUUUGAGAUGCCUCACUAUAGGAAGUACUGGCCCAACCACAUCUUGCUCGUCCUGCCCGCCAUGUUCAACAACGCUGGAGUUGGUGCAACUCGCUUCUUGAUCAAAGAGCUGUCAUACCAUAACCUCGAGCUGGAGAGGAACCGACUGGAGGAGCAAGGUGUCAAGAGACAAGACGUAUGGCCUUUCAUUGUCAUGAUGGACGACUCCUGUGUGCAGUGGAACGCCCACCAAUCAGCAGAAGGAAGUGAGACAUCAGAUGGAGGCUCAUGUCUCAGCAACGUGUCUCUAAAAACGGUGCUGCAGCACAUGGAGAACACGCCCAAGAUCUCCCAGUACGCCGUGUGCGGCACACGCAAGUGGAGCAGCAGCCUGGCUCGCAGGUCUCCCAGCAAUCCCUUCAGUCGGUGUCACCUCCAUGACUUUGUCAUGCUGAAUGUGGACCUGACGCAGAACGUCCAGUACGACCUGAAUCGGUAUGGCUGCGAGGAGGUGGACUUUAAUCUAAGGGUUAAUAGCAGUGGCUUGUUGCUGUGCCGCUUCAACAACUUCUUCCUGAUGAAGAAGCACAUUCCAGUUGGGGGAAGAAACAAAGAAUUCCUGGUCAAACCUAAACUCAUGGUGGGUGUUCAGGAAAUAGAAAACCCCGCUCUAAUCAGCCCGUUGCAGUAUGUUUGUGCACCAGACAGCGAACAGACCCUCUUCGACGCCCCGGCCCAGUUCCUACUGGAAAGGUUCCUCCAGAGCUGCAGUCACAGACUAUUUCCGAAAGCUGUUAGGAACAGAGACAACCCAGUUCUGUCCAUUGACAGCUACCUCAACCUCAGCCCGGAGAUCUCUGUGUGCUACAUCAACUCUCGUCCACACUCCACCAACCUGAACCAUCAGGGGCUGGUGUUCAGUGGCCUGCUGCUUUACCUCUGUGACUCCUUCGUUGUUUCUGGACUCCUGAAGAAAUUCGACUUCCUCAAAGGUGCCACCCUCUGUGUGAUCUGUCAGGACCGCAGUUCCCUGCGUCAGACAAUCGCCCGACUGGAGCUGGAGGACGAAUGGCAGUUCCGCCUGCGGGACGAGUUUCAGACGGCCAACUGCAACGAGGAUCGGUCCCUCUACUUUCUGACCGGCCGCCACGUUUAAACCUGCUCAAAUCUAUGCCGCUGCUGAAGAAACCCAAUCAGAACUGAGAUUUAGUUCCAGACCUGCAAUCAAAAUUUUGAUCAGGCAGAAGACAGGUCAGCAGGGAAAUGCUGGAGCACGAGGUGUGAGGACCACCUGACACAGCUUUCUGUACUGCCAGUGUGCACUGUGCCCGACUCCAAAGAGGGUCGGUGAAUGUUUCUGACUUUUUCUCGCUUGUCGGCUUGUCUUCAGUUAAGUUUGUGUCGUAGUGAAAAAGACUUUGCUGUGGGGGGAAAAAAAGCACAGCUGAAACUGAACUUAUUUUGUUUUGGUGUUGGUUUUUUUUGGACUCGCGACGGAUAAUGUGACUAUUUGAAGAAUGUAUUUUGAACCCACUUUGUCCAGUCCUGGAUGUUCAGGGGGUCAGAGGGAGGUGGCUUUAAGGAGUCGCGCUACCAGCAUCAAUGGAAUAUAUUUUAACAGGGACAUGGCAGGUUUGAGACCAUGGUAACAUCUGUGUUUGUUAAUGUUUGUGCAUCUGCAUGAAAACAGUUUAAGUUUGCCAUUAAUUUUUCUAAGCACCAAAGACGCCUUUAGCUGCACUUUUCCUUUUUCCUUUGCUUUCUUUGACCUUUCUCACCUGCUUCGCCUCUCAUAAUCCACAAAGCCCAUUUAUGUUUCCUCAUAACGUUACAAAGACACACCCAAGAGUUUGGUCAUUACUGGAUUUCAGGUCAUCAGGAGUAUCUGUACUGGAAGCUGUGGGAAUCAAACAAUAAGCAGCCGUUGGAUUUGACACAACAUGUUGUCACAUGACUACAUUUCAUGCGAGUUUAUCCAAAGCGACUGGAAAACUACGGGAACAUACGAGUUGUGUCUUCGGUAUUUUACUGUUUCAGUUUCAAUAGAAAUCUGUGAAGCUGGUCAAUUUUUCUGAAACACUAUUAAACUGCAUCCACACAGGAAGCAGUUUGCUUGAUUUGUUACCUAGGUAACCCACUAAUGCAUGGAAUCCUGCGUUCUCAUUGGUAGUUACUUCAAUUCCUUGCCUCAAAGUUCAGAACAGUUUAUCUUGGGAUUCAUCCAGUUAGCAUUGUCAGCAGGUGAAACGUGACAUGUAGUCACAUAACACAUUUCACUCACUUUCUUCUACGGUUUGCGGUCGCUACGCCGCUGUGAAUCAACAUCCACGCAGGAAGCGAUGUGACAACCAGAAACCAUAGAAGAAGUCAGUGUCGUUCUGCAACUGUAGCCAAAAUAACCUACAGUGACAGGAAAUUUAGAGACUUUGAAAGCGUAUGAUACUGCUGAUUGACAUAUUACUGGGUUGUAAAUACUUUAGAGGGUUACCUAGGAAACCAGAGCUCAAAAUAUCUGCAAGCGAUGCUCGAUGAGAGAAUAGUUUCCAGCGUGCACACAGCUUUAGAUGAUCUGCCACAAUGUUUUUAUUUUUACAUGCUUUCUGUUAACAUGGACACCGAGCAGUUGAUUUAGUCGUACGUUAUGACAGUAAUUUUUCACAUAGUCGCGCAAAGUGUACCACAGGCAAGCUCCCUCACUGCCAGCUGUCCUGCUACUGCCUGUGCCUGAGAUGUCACCUCCUGUUAUGGUGUCCUGAUUGUUUAUUGAAGAUGUUUGCUACCAUCCACUUUGAUUAACCCAGUUUCCAGUCCUGAAUUAAAGGGUGAAAAUUAGGUUUACACAUAUACUUGAAAGAUGAAUGUUUUUAAGUUUCUGCACGUGGUUGUCCAAAGAAUAUGCCUUAAGCGAUGUUUCACACAGUGUCUGCUUAGGUUUUGUUUUUGGACCAAUGAGAAUGAAGAAACCUUUUGACUGUGAGGCGAAAGAAUGUUGUUUGUCUCUGUGUGUAGAGAGAUCAAAUAAUUGGGUUUUGUACUACUGUACUGUUUAAAGCUUUGUUUACAUUAUUAAUAUAUUCGAUCAUCCCCUUACCCACUGAGGGUUACUGAUGUGUUUAAUGUUGUGUAAUGUUUGCCAGUGUAUUUUGGUGAUGUCUUUCUGCAUUUUUAUGUUGCAAAGGCAAGAAGAAUCUACCUAGAUUUGUCUUUUAUGUCUUUAUUCUUUUUGGGGUUUUUUUCCUUUUCUUUUUUUCUUUUUUUGAAAAUGAGAAUCAGGUCCAUGAGGAUUUUUUUUUUAUUUAUUUGAAAAGCAUUUGGGACUGAUAAUCAUAUUGGAGUGUAUAAUUUGAUUGAGGCCUAAGUUCACUUGGGCCAAGGGAGCGUGCCCUCUUCAAAACCGGUCGCGAAGGCUUUGCACAAGACACAAACGAAUGAUUCUUGGAUCUACUGAAUGUCACUGGGGGUUUUGCAAAUGUUGGACUUGCACUAUACAAGUUGCCAGCUUAAAGAAUUAUUUCCAGAAGACGGUUAUGUUCCCUAACCCCUAGAUUUAAUAUAAUAGUGAUGAUCAAAACAAUGGUCCGUAGAAAGUGUUUUUCCUCUUUGAUUUUAAUACUUAAUAUGCAACUUGCUCCCACAAUCUUAACUGAAAUGUGUUUGAUAACUAUGUGCAGCACAGUGGUAGCCUUGGUGCCUGGUUGAUCUACCUCAUGUUUACCAUUGUGGUUGCAGGCUGUGAAUAUCUUAAUGUUCGAGCCAUGCUGUUGUUGUUUAAAAUGUCUGAAUGUAAUAAAAUGGCAUCUAAACAUAUCCUGUUAUUUUUCCUCUUUGUUUUUUUUAGUGCCCGACUCUGUGAUUUAAUCUGUUAACAGACACAAAGACAGUAGAGUGAGUUGCAUACCAAAAAUUGGCGAGCUCCAGCAAAGUUGCAAGACAUUAUACACCUGUUGUCAGAUGUUUACAUACUCAUCAUGGGCAGGAAUGUUAUGGAAAUUUGGGGCUUUUGAUCAUUUUUGUUCCCUUUCCAGGGAUUGUGGAGCAUGUAUCUUUAAUUACUUAAAAAAAAAACCAAGAAUUGGUUGCAUAAUUUGAUGUUAUUUUGUGUUUUCUCUAAUCCCUGCAGGGUCCAAAUUGUGCAUACACUCACUUCAGUCUUUUAAAAAGUGGUCCUGAAAGUUCUACUGUGUCUUUUAACUCAACAUCAGAUCAUGAUUAACUACAACUUUAUCUUUGCCAGCAUAAAAAGGAUUUGUUUGACAUCACUUACUGGAUUGACCAAUAGUCAGAACAAUUGGAAAGUCCAAAGAACUCAGUGAAGAUUGAUUAGGGAGACUUCUAGUUUGCUCAAGUUGGGGAGGUCACCUGGAGCCAUUUAUGAACAAGUGCAGUUUCCCAGAUCAUCAGUUCAAACAGUCAGACAAUUUCAAAUAAUUGUACGUAAAGUUAUUUGGAUGUGUAAUUGCCUUGCCAACGUCUGGACAAAGAGCCAAACUGUCACCCUUUGGAGGAAAUUGGUUAAGAUGUUUAGGAACAACCAAAGAACCACUAAGCCUCAAGCCAGCCAUGAACUGGAAAUUGCUGAAACACCAGCAUCACUGUCCACAAUGAAGUGAGAUUUACAUUGGCAUGGACUGAGAGGGCGCCGACUAAGAAAGAAGUUCGUACUUCCAAAUCAACACCUUCAAGCUCAACUGAAAUUUGCCACUGCUCAUGUGGACAAGCCAAAAUUUUUAUGCUCAGACAAAACAAAGACCGGAGCGAGUAAAGUUUUCAGCGUUCCGGUUGUGGAACAUGGUGGUGGCAGUAUCAUGGUCUGGGACUAUUUUUUUGACACUUGUACUGGUGCAUUGCAGAAAGUGGAUGGGAAGAUUUUUCACUUUACCUCAAAUCAACAGCUUGAUGGUUGAAACUUGGACACAAUCAGAUGUUCCAACAGAACAAUGAUCCCAAAUACAUCAAAACUGAUUUUGGAAUAGAUAACGCAGGAUAACAUGAAGCUUUUGGAAUAUUUCGACCUCAGCCCUGUUGAAAAUUUGUGGACUAUGCUUAAAACCUGGGUCUGUGCAAUGAAACCAACCAGUUGAAAUGAACUCUGCCAAUUCUGCCAAGAAGAGUUGUCAGCUAUCCAGCAAGAACAUUUGAUUAAGUGACAUUUAAUCAAAUAUAUUGCUGGGAGUGUAUGUAUACUUUUGAUCCUAUAUGUAUGUAUACAUACUGGAAAAAGAACAGUUCAAAGAAAUACCCAUGAUGAGUGUAUGGAAACUUCUGAUCACUGUAUAACUCCUUCAUUACUUCUUAUCAUUUGGGCUGCAUGUUUGAAUUCUAUAAGCUCUGAUUUCCAUUGGUUUUGAUGCUUUAAUGUUGUAUUUUGAAGACAAGUGGACUGAUACAAAGUUUAAGUAGGGUUCUUCAAGCAUGUGGCUCCCUGUCUUUAGCCUGUGAUUAACAGUAUCCUCACUCUCAUCCACACAAUGCCAGAUCUUUUUAUUCUGCAAGAGUAAACCCCGGGGUCUUGUUUAUUUCCGAAGCAACAUCUCUCCUGAUGUGUUUUUUUUUUCCAUCUCAGCACCUCUGUAUCUUUGUUGUGAAUAAUGUACAAUGACCUUUCUCACUAUCAAGAAGAGAAAUAGCUUCAUAAUGAAUGCUGGGCUCUUUCUGGCAUCAUCACUGUCAGGGCACAGGGGCAUUGUUGGUCCAGGGACAUUACUAUUUCAGCUCCUGUGAGGUAAUAUUAGAGCAGGCUUUCCAUCAACCUACAACCUCUGUGUGAUAUAACACAAGGCUAUUUUCAGCCAGCGGCUGUCAGGACUGGAUAAGAAAGUAAAGGCAUGAAAGGGCGCCUGGGAUGCUGAUUCUGGCACCUCAUGAUUGUUCUUCAUGGAAAAGUUUUAAAUGAUUUUUAUGCGUUUGAAAUCUGAUGCUUGCAAAGAUGUCAGAGGGGUAACUCACUAUUUUAAGGCUAUUAAUUUACAGUGCUAUUAGCUUCCUGUGGUACACAGUUUUCUUGUUUGGUUUCAUUGUUUAAUUUGGGCUUUGAGGUGAUAUUUUUCCAAAUUCUGCAAGGUCAGAAGAUUAAAUGCAUUUAAAUUAUUUCUCUCUCCUACUGUAGCCCAUUUUAUCAGCUUAAAUUAAGUUUCACAUAUUCCUAGAAUGUAUCUUCAAAGUUUCAGCUCAGCAAUACCUCACCGAACGCUCACAGAUGCAUGUAGCUUUAAAUGCAAAUUUGCUGCUCCUGGCCACACCCAUGGAUACCAAUCAAUAGAUAAUAACCAAUACCCAAAUUAGAAAGCAUUUAUU